AAUGCAUCAGAUAAAUGCAUCGAGUAUAUUUUGAGCAAUUUUCGUUUGUACGCAAGCAUUAGUAGACAGCUGAUUAUGGCUGUCCUGUGUUUUAUUUGUACUAUUAUAGUAGUAGUACUAUUAUUAUAGUACUCUUACCACAUGUAGUACGCCCAAAGUGACGAAAUGUAUAUGAAUGAUUUUUCAAUAUCAUUCAGUACAUAAGACUAUUUAAAUGGGAAUAUAUAUUUACAAUAAAUUCGCCUUCGUACAAGACACUGACCUUUAUCUUGCAACAUUGACUUCGAGUGACUGACCUUAAGUGCUAGAGUUUUAAUCUAUAUUUAUUCUACAGAAGAGAAUUUUUUUUUAAGUGUUUCCAACCUGUCGGUCAUCUCACACCUACAGAAGAGAAUAGACUCUUAUAGGUUAUAAAAACACACCACGAGGAGAACCGAGUAUAACCCGACGAUUUAUCAGUUUAUCAUGGCUAGUGCAAUGGAAAUGGUGUGCAACACUCUUGGAAUUGACAGAGUAAACAUGAACAGUAAAAUGAUCUUGAUCCAAGAGCAACACGGCACCAAUGCAAACUUCUUGGUGAAUACCAUCCUGUCGCACGCUUUAAAGGAGACGAACGCCGUUUGUCUUGUUCUUUGUCAUAAUACCUUUGGCCAUUAUCAUAAUAUUGGAAUGAGACUUGGCUAUAACCUUCUAGCUCUGAAAGAAAAAGGCCAGGUGACUGUUGUCGAGCCAAUGAAAAUUAUAACCACCAAUAUCGCUGAUAUGUGUAAGGAUUCUAUGGAUAAGGAGAAAAUGAUAAUCCCAACUGUCGCUUCCACAGAGAAUAUAGAUAUUGCGCAUAGACUUUUUACAUGUGUUAGAGAGAAGUACAAUGAAGCGGCGAAAUUUGCUGAGCCUGUUGUUUUUAUUUUUGACGAUAUAAAUCAUCUACUUGAUUUUGGCCUCAGUGUACACGGUGUUAUGUACUUUGUAAGAUAUUUAAGAUCAUUUGUAGCAUUACAUCCCUUAUCACAACUUUGUAUUCUUGCACAUACAUAUCAAGAUGAAUCACAGAUUUCAACUACAGAUGUAGUUGCUAAUGCCUUGAAACAUAUGGCGCAUCUAUGCGUCACAACUCAACCAUUUAGGACAGGACGCUCCAGCGAUGCAUCUGGUAAAUUAAUAGUUCACUGGAGGAUAAAUUCUGUUAGAUUAGAAUAUCACUGGGCCGAGAAAACAACGCAUCUGUUUAAAUUAUUGGAUUGGCAAGUGAAGAUUGGUGCACCUGGUGCAGCGUCUGUUUUAUCAUAAUUUUAUUUCAUU